AUGGGUAAUGGACUUCUUAGUCAACGGUCAAACCCAGUAACGCCGCGCCGCAACGCAACCACAGCCAAUACAGACACAGUUGCCCUCCAAAGCUAUGGGGCGUCUGGCCCGGUCGUCUCUUCUUGGAUACCUGAAGAUGACCUUUUGUUGAAGAACGCUAUUGAGGCUGGUGCUUCUUUGGAAUCUAUUGCUAAGGGUGCAGUGCAAUUCUCUAGAAAAUUCACUGUUAGAGAACUGCAAGGUCGAUGGCGUUCUCUCCUUUAUGAUCCAGUUGUUUCUGAGGAGGCUUCGGCUCGCAUAAUUGAGUUUGAACGCCCUGCCUCUACCUUGUCUUCAAAAUUUGGCAGAACAGGAAAUUUAGAAGAUAGCAAAACUUGGUCGGGGAAGAGAAAGCCUGAGAGUGUCCGUAGCUGUUACUAUGCAUUGCGUAAAAGAAUUCAAAAUGAGCCCUUUAACUCGAUGGAUCUGAGUUUCCUUAUUGCAGCUGAUGAUGGUGACUAUGUUGGGAUUGAAGGUGAGCCUAUACCUGGAAAUUGCAUGCUUGGAAAUCCAAUCUCAGAUAAUUUUGAAGUUCAAGAAACAAAUAUGAAUAUUACGCAUUGCUCUUUUUCACAAAUGUUAGAUGAUGAUGGUGCUGCAACGAGGGAUGGGUGCACGACAGAUGGCUUUCUGACAACUACUUAUAAGCGAGAUGAUGAUGGUUUUCCUGCAGAGCCAGUUAAUAUAAAUAAGGAAAUUCCUCAUGUACCUGGAGAGAAUCAGUUUGUGGUUGAGAGUGAUUCUGGCAUUGAGGAAUUGCAUGAAUCAAAGGAAUCACCCUUGCAUAGCUUGUUUGAGGCUAAUGAUUUAAUGGUAAAACCUUCAUCUACAUUUGAUCAAAUUAACAACGAUCCACAGAAUAUCUGCUCUGAGUUUGAGGGUGACCAGGUCUUCAACUCACCAAUUAUGAGGUGUGCAUUGUCAAUUUGGAGAAUUGAUGAAGGGUUGUCUGCAUCCGCAAUUUGUGUUGAUGAUGGUCAUGGGGAAGAAGACCUUCAUAUACCAUGUGAGGAAUUGGAAAAUCCAACUGCUGAUACGGAAGGUUAUUUGGUGGAAAUAACCAAUACCUUUAUGAAUGAUGAAUCUUUUUUCAUGGAUGUCGAUGCGAAAGAUGUGAUUGAUAAGUCUUACUUUGAUUGUUUGAACUCACUUUUGGCAAGUUCACCAAAUAACUGUGAUCAAGAUCAGAUGCCUGAUGUAACUGAAGUGAUGACAUCAGAAACCCAAGAUAAUCUUGCAAAAGUGUCUUGUUCACAUCUUGAAGAAGUGGAUGAAGUUGCUGGAUCUUGCAUUGCAGAUGGGUCUGUGUCUUGCAAUUCAGAGGUCCCAAUGCUUUCUUCUGUGUCAACUUCAAAAAGUCAAUUCCCUGAACUGACUAAUGGCAUCAUUUGUUGCACAUUAAACACUGAGGACACAGAAAUUCCGUGUAAUGAAGAUGUUGUCUUCCCCAAACAGCUGUGCCCAUUGGUAAUUUCCUCAACACGACACAUUUUCAAAGAAGCUGGCAAUCCAUUAUCUGUAUGUGCAAAAGAUUUUUCUGGGGGCCAGAGAACUAGAGAGGGAGGUACCCUCCUGGUUCAGACAGGUCAAAAAGAUCCAGGGCAAUCUCAUGGAUCUUCUCAAAUAAAACGAUCACAGAUGAUACCAGAAAUUGGUCAACUGCAUCCACUAGUUAAAAGCCAGGAUUCCCCAUGUGUAACACCUAGAAGUAUUGGUUUUCUAGCCAAUGGUUCAGCCCAAAUUAAUUCCAUAAAUGUUAGUGAAGGCACUCUCCCACCAACACUGCCAAAUGAAAAGAUUGAAGGAAUCAUACUGGGAAAGCAUCUGAGUCAUAGUUCAGCUGAUUCUUUAAUAGAGAAGCCAGAUCUUUGUUCUGAUAGCCACAACAGUUAUCCACUGGUGAAUUCUUCUGCCAUUAAACAAGAAGUGGAUGCUCCAGAAAUGAUUAAAGAUCACCAAGCUUCAAGUGCAGCAGUGGGAUCCAUGGAUAUUAUUUCCCCAGAACCAGUUAUCCAUCAUCCACCACCAGAUCUAGAAGAGUUACUGAUUGAAAGUGACGAUGAUGUUCCUUGUUUCUCAGAUAUUGAGGCAAUGGUAUGUCAUCAACUACUCUGGCUGUCACUUUUAUUAUUGUCAUCAUUGUUAACUGCUUUUAGUCUCGUUGUUUUAUCCUUUAUGAACAGAUUCUUGAUAUGGAAUUUGAUCCAGAUGACAAAGAUUUGUGUGAUCAGGAAGCAUGAGGACACUAUAAGAGCAAUUAUAAGGCUGGAGCAGGCUUCCCAUUCUUACAUGCAAAGGGCCAUUGCAUCCCAUGGAGCCUUUACCAUUUUAUAUGGUCGCCAUUCCAAACAUUAUAUUAAGAAACCCAAGAUUUUACUUGGUAGAACAACAGAAGAUUUUAUUGUUGACAUUAACUUGGGAAGACAAGGGUGUGCUAAUAAAGUGUCAAGGCGGCAGGCAAUUAUCAACAUGGAAGAAGAUGGAUCUUUCCAUCUUAAAAACCUUGGCAAGUGUUCAAUAUCAAUAAAUAGCAAGGAAGUAGCUCCCGGACAAAGCCUGAGCCUUAAUACCAGUUGUUUGAUUGAGAUAAGGGGAAUGCCAUUCAUCUUCGAGACAAACCAAACUCGUGCGAAGCAAUACUUGAAUAGUGUGGCAAAAAGCAAAAAGUUAAAAAUGUAAUGUACGAGGACCUCCUGAGGAGGUUCUAGUGGCAUAUAGGCAGCGAGAGGUGAAUAUACAAUUGAGGUAAUUGCUUUCCUAUUGAAAUCCCAAAAAAGCCUUUUGUAAUUAUUACAAGUUUAAGAAAAAUUUUAAUUUUGUAAUCACUGAAACUCAACUUUUACACUCUGCUAAAGAAGGGUAUGUAAAGUCAAUUCGUAACCUUCCAAAUUGCACUGAAAUCAUGACCUUUUGGCAUUCAUCAUUGUCAACCUUUUCUGUUCCUGUGAUCACUUUGUCAUUAAUUGCUUGCAUCAUCACUGGAGAUCUUAGACAAAGCCAGCCUGAAAGCCAGGUGGGCCCGUUAAAGAUCUGUUUUCUUUCACAGUUAUUUUUAUAAUUCAUUUUCUCGGUCACAAACUCACCAGUGCACAUGAAAUUCUACUGAUACCGAUGUUAGUCAAAUUAUUUGGUACUAGUCCGGAGGAAGCUAGCGGCAUGUCAUGUUUUGGCCUGGGACGACUGCCCCUGGCAUUACCAUGCUAGUUAGUAUCCAACGUUACUUGCGAAUCUGGCAGAUGGUCAAAGGCUCAAAGCCAACACCAUUCGUAGAAUAUAUGACGUAGAAAACAAAUCCAAUAAUAACCGUAACGUACAAUCAAAUCUCUACAUUUCUCCAUCUAAACUCUCCACUCCACUUUCCUUCCGCUGCUCCUUCCUUCCCUCAAAAGCUCAUAUUUCAAUCUCAGAUCCAAACAAAGUUCCAGAAUUUACACCCAACAAACAAGCGACCACA